AUGGACCAAUCUGCCAGCAGCUCGAGCUCCGUCACUUCGAGUUCGACUUCGCGCUCCAGCUCGGAUGCACGGCUACCUCAUCCUCCCGCGGUCGCCGGAAUAGCCCCUGAGGGCUACGAGAAUGGUGUUUUUCAGAGAUACACCCAGAAGUGGACAGAUACAGGCGGAGGGAAUGAAGUGGAUUGCUCCAAGGCUAUCAAGGUCUAUGUGGACAUAGCUGCACAUGAGUUGAAGAGCGUCGAUGACAACAAUGAACAGUUCCACAUGGUGUUUGUGAUGAAACUAGGUUGGCUGGAUCCCGACCUCAAGAACUUCAAGUCUCGGAUAAGUGUUCGAGAAACGAAGGGCACCUCAAGUCUUCAUUUGCGCAAGCUCGACGUCGUGAUCACCAAGAUGUAUGCCAAUGGGGACGUGGAGUUUAUCGACCUGUCCGACCGGAAGCAGCGAGUCCAAACCCUCCGGAAGGGUGAGUAUUUCGGAAUCCAGGAUCCAGACUGGAACGAGUAUUUCUUUCCAUCCUACACCAUCCUGAACCUGAAGCACGGUGCAGACGCGACCGUGGAGACCCGGAGGCUCCUUUGGUGCGACGAAGCAGGCGGCUUCACUUCAUAUCGCAUACGCUUCGAUGCCAAGCUGCAAGAGAGAAUGGACCUCCGGAACUUUCCGCGAGACCGCCAGCUUUGCAGGAUCAGGAUGACAGCCGAAAAACCUAUUGAGGAGUUUCAGUUUGUCGUGCUCAAGGGCGAGAAGGGCAUCAGCCAGAUGUGCGGUAUGUGGCAGCUGGAUGGGGGCACUGUUUACGCACGUCACUUGGACAGGUACCUGCCAUUUCCGAACCAGCGUUCUUGCGUGAACGCCGUGUAUCACUUGGAACGGGACGGUGAGUACUACUUGAAUGGCGUGCUGCUCUUAAUCUUUCUGGUGAACAUCUUUAGCCUGUGUACCUUCUGCAUCCCACUUGACGAUGUGAGCGGACGACUGAAGCAUUUGAGCACCUGCCUUCUCGCUGUCUUUGCAUGCAUGUACGUCAUCAAUGACAGGCUACCGCGCAAAAGGUAUUUCACAGGGGCUGAUGCAUACAUUAUCUUUGCGUGCACCUUUCAAGUGCUUCUUGUUAUUGAAACGUUGUGCCUUCAACUUUUCGGAUUCCUGGAAAGUCCAACGUUGACUGACCGACGUGUUGGUUUGGCGCUGUUGACUGCAUGGUUGACCGUGAACUGCUUGCUGCGCUGGCUGUGGAGGCGUGACACUGACAAGAAAGCAGCCUGGCAAACCGUGUACCAAGCCAGUCGUGAGCCGUAUGCUCCAGUCAAUGAGUGCUCAGAAUGCGGAAAGCAGUGGCUCAGCAAGCAAUGUGAACACAAGAGUCCCACGAAACGCUGCUUUAACUGGCCAACUUGCUAUGGCAAAGAUGGCAGCAUCAAGACCAUCUACAAAACCCCUUGGGAUCAGGAAGUCCCUCUCGUGGCCGCGCAAGACUUCCCCAAUGCGCCAUUUCAUUUGAUUCAAGCUCCUGCCGGAACACAGAAGUGA